UAACAACCCGUCUGUGAUCGUCCAUUCUGGGGGUAAUCACCCGUUGCCAAUCGAGUCUCCGGACUCGAUGAAGAAGAGACGAAUCCACCGUUGUGAUUUCAACAGCUGCAACAAAGUCUACACCAAGAGCUCUCAUCUGAAGGCACAUCGCCGCACACACACAGGAGAGAAGCCCUAUAAGUGCAUGUGGGAGGGGUGCACGUGGAAGUUCGCCCGUUCGGACGAACUGACUCGUCACUUCCGUAAACACACGGGCUCAAAACCGUUCCAGUGCCCCGACUGUGAACGCAGCUUCUCCCGUUCCGACCACCUGGCUCUACAUAAGAAACGACACCUGCUGGUCUGAACGGCAACGCAACGGCUGUGAAACGUCUGUUGGACACACAAGGCAUCGCGAACGCAGCCCGUUGGAUAGUUGGUCCAUACAGACCCCAAGACAGGACCGUUGGACAGAGAGACCCGGGGACAUAAACAUCCUCUAUCACUUUAUUCAGUCAGCCGAUCAGCCGUCCUCUUCCUCUUCCUCCACCUCUUCUUAGUACCAGUACUCCCCGUUGUCUCCCAGUGCUGAAGGCGGAUGGUGUUCGUAGGCCCAGAUCUAGGAUCAGCUAAACCUCCAGACGUCUUGACCUUAACCAUAGAGAUAGACAGACAUCUUGACCUUAACCAUAGAGAUAGACAGACAUCUUGACCUUAACCAUAGAGAUAGACAGACAUCUUAACCAUAGAGAGAGACA